AUUUCCCCUUGCUAAUUCUGUACAUGUACAUGUAAAAAAAAUAUAUAUAUAUAAAGCGGAAAAAAAAAACAAAAAGAGGAAAUUAAUUAAUUAGAUUGUACCGUGGCUGCAUAGAGAUCAUCCAGGAGAACCGAAAAUAACAACCUCAGAAUACAUAUAGGCUCACACUUUUUGCCCCCGCCCCCAACUGAAUCGACCACCAUCUCCUCCGCUGCUGUUGCUCGGCGGUGCUAUACAUGGCCGCGGUGGCGCGGCUCGCCGCAGUUUUAAUUGACUUCCCUAAUUGCAAUCCCACUGUUAAAUGCCUCGGCUUCUCCCGCCACAUCACCACAUACAACUUCGCCGUCACCUCCGUACACUCCAUACGGCUCUACCGGAGUCGAGAAUCAUCCGCCGUCAUCUGCUCCGCCUCCAAUGAGCCGUCUUCUUCGGAAAUCAGUUCAACAGCCAAAAUACGAAGUGAAGUCCUCACUCCAUUCCGCUCUGUUCGAAUGUUCUUUUAUCUCGCCUUUAUAGCAAGCGGUUCACUCGGAGGAUUCAUAGCCCUCACUCGGCUAAUCGCUGCCCUAUCGAAUUCAUCAAGAGCAGCUGAAGUUCCGGAAAUAGUCAACGGUCUAGGCAUAGAUAUAGGAGCCGUAUCUUUUUUCGCGUUUCUCUAUUACAGGGAGAACAAUGCUAAAAACGCUCAGGUAGCUCGGCUUUCCAGAGAGGAAAAUCUCUCGAACCUCAAGCUUCGUAUAGACGAGAAGAGAAUUCUUCCACUCAAUGCUUUCAGGGGAAUCGCUCGCCUCGUCAUCCUUGCGGGUCCCACUCCUUUCAUCGAGGAGUCGUUCAAACGCAGCGAACAAUUCUCCGGGGAUCUUCUAGAUAGAGGGGUGCUUGUUGUACCGUUUUGUACCGAUGGAAAUAGACCUAAUUUUGAAUUUGAAGAAACGGAAGAGACGAAAGAGAUUAAUGCUAAAAGGAAACGGCUAUGGCAGCUGGCUCCUCUUUAUGCUGCUGAGUGGACCAAGUGGAUAGAUGAACAAAAGAAACUGGCUAACGUCUCUCCUGAAUCUCCAGUGUAUUUGUCUCUGCGGAUGGAUGGGCGUGUUCGAGGCAGUGGUGUAGGUUAUCCACCGUGGAACGCUUUCAUUCUGCAACUGCCACCUGUCAAGGGGAUGUGGUCUGGUCUUCUUGACGGCAUGGACGGAAGAGUUUAAUCCCCUGCUUCACAAAAGUCCCACAUCGAAACAUACGACAUAUAUAAUGUAUGAAUACUCUGUUUUCCCCCAUUGUGUUGAAUCUGAUUUGGAAUGAUUAUUGUAAUUAGCAAACCUCCUUUUCAGACAUUAUGGAUUUAUACAUAUACGAAAUUUUGUGUGAU